CUCUCCUGCAGUCCCACUCCUCGGCCGCCCGCAGCCAUUGCCUUCUGGCUCAUCUCGCCCCUCCCUUCCCCGUCUCCGCCCGACGCCAUUAAACCUCGCUUCGCCUUCCGCGCGCGCGGCUGCCGGCGGCGAGCGCCUACCGGAGGAGACGCAGCAGCAGCCGCAGGAGGAGGAUAGUCAUGGGGACCCUCGGGCGCGCGAUCUACACGGUGGGCAAGUGGAUCCGCGGCACCGGGCAGGCCAUGGACCGCCUCGGAUCCGCCGUCCAGGGCGGCCUCCGCGCCGAGGAGCACGUGUCAAGGCAUCGUACAAUCAUGGGCAUAUUUGAGAAAGAGCCAAGAAUCAACAAAGAUGUUUUUGUUGCUCCCAGUGCAGCCGUCAUUGGUGAUGUGGAGAUUGGACAUGGAUCCUCAAUCUGGUAUGGUUCCAUUUUGAGAGGUGAUGUCAACACCAUUCAGAUUGGAUCAGGGUCAAAUAUACAAGACAACUCCCUUGUACAUGUUUCAAAAUCUAACAUCAGCGGGAAGGUCCUCCCGACCAUAAUUGGAAACAAAGUCACAGUAGGUCAUAGUGCUGUCUUACAUGCAUGCACCAUCGAGGAUGAAGCUUUUGUUGGUAUGGGUGCCACUUUGCUUGAUGGAGUGGUUGUCGAAAAGCACAGCAUGGUUGGUGCAGGAUCUCUUGUGAAGCAGAACACGAGGAUUCCUUCUGGGGAGGUCUGGGUUGGUAAUCCUGCCAAGUUCCUAAGGAAGCUUACAGAGGAGGAGAUCGCAUUCAUUGCCCAAUCAGCGACCAACUACUUCAACUUAGCUCAAGUUCACGCAGCCGAGAACGCCAAGAGCUUCGACGAGAUUGAGCUCGAGAAGAUGCUGAGGAAGAAGUUCGCUCACAAAGACGAGGAGUACGACUCGAUGCUCGGGGUGGUUCGCGAGAUCCCACCAGAGCUCAUCCUUCCCGACAACAUCCUCCCAGACAAAGCACCGAAGGCGGCCGUUGCCGCUCACUGAAUGCAUUUCCCUUUCUCUUAUCAAGCCCCUCUUCUUGGGAUGCUUGGUGCUGUUACAUGGUGACUUGGAACUUUUGACGUCUGUUUUUGGUCUUGUUCUCUGUUUUCCCCAGCCCAAUAAGAUUGGGUCGAGCGUUGUUGUAGGAUCGACCAUAUACAGUACCUCUCUUUUCAUUGCAAUGAAGAGAAGCCCGAGAUCAUUUUUACACUGUUUGUAUGGAGUUCACAUUGUUAAAGCAGAAAUUGUUCUAUA